AUGGCGGCUGCAAACGCGGGAGCUGCAAUGGAAGAAUUGUUUGGGAAUCCGUUUCGAGUGAAGCGCGAAAAAGUGGAAGCUGAAAAGAAAUCGGAAUUUGUCUACACACCGUCGGCGUAUGUUCAGAUGAUUGAUCAAAUGCUUGGAACGAAAACGAGGCCGUGGAAUCCGGAAAGAAUUCCGAUUAAACCAAAAGUUGUGAGUUUUUGAAAUGGAAAGGUUGAGGGAUUGGGGAGUGUAUUUUGAGAGGGGAUAGAUCAUGUUUCGAAACAUUUCCCUAUGAAAUGGGAAUUUUUAAAUUGGAGUUUGAAGUUCUGAAAUGGCUUAGAACUGAUAUUUUUCUUCGACUGGGUCGAAAUCUGAAGUUUCAAAAUUUAGAUUAUUGCGUCAAUUUCACGACGAGACCUGCCUCUGAUACCGUCUAUUGAAAAGGUCGAAACGGUAGCGCGCUAGAAAUUCUCUUUUUAUUUUUUCUACCUUUCUAAUUUAAUUUUUACAUAUAUCAUUUUCUUUACUCUUUCAAUCUUUUUUUUUAAAUCCUGAAUAUACAGCAUCAUAAUUUUUUGACCCCUCAAAAAAUGUACUUUUCAAAUUUUCAGAUGCUAACAUUACCCGAAAUGUCGAAAGAGGAAAGAUAUAUUCAAUGGACAAUGGAAAAUUGCGCAGUAAAAGCUACAAUUUCCGGAGUUUUGGGUUUUGGAGUUGGUAUUGCUUUCGGUUUAUUUACAGCUUCUGUUGAUCCUUCAAUGUCGAUGGUUGGAGGAGAUCCUACAAAACAGGUAUUUUAUCUUGAUUUUAUAUAUAGCCUGAUUGUGAGAAGAGGCAAUUUAACAUUUUCAGAAUUUUAGUAUUCAAAUUGCCAUCCAAAUAUCUUUUAAAACAGAUAAAAUUUUCCAGCUAACUUUGAAAGAAACCUGGAAAGAGAUGUCUGGUCGCAUGAAAUCCUACGGUAAAAAUUUCGGUUCAAUCGGUCUCAUGUUCUCCGGCGUCGAAUGUGCACUCGAAACAGUUCGAGCAAAAUCCGAUUGGCGAAAUGGAACAUAUUCGGGUGGAAUUGUUGGAGCACUUUUAGGACUUCGUGCUGGAAUCAAGCCAGCUCUUUGGGGAGCUGCUGGAUUUGCUGCAUUUUCUACUGUUAUUGAUCAUUAUAUGAGAGGAUAA